AUGAAUGCUCGGGUGGUUGAAACAUUAGCACGUUUAGUGUACAUAACUGGAAAACUACUAGAAGCUGCUACGUGGUCGCAAAGAUUUUCUGAUGUUGCUGCUGAUCAAACUGCUCGACAAAAGUUUGCAGCAUCGUGUAUUAAGUUUAUCCAGGAUUAUGGCUUUGACGGUGUUGAUCUUGACUGGGAAUAUCCUGUUUCUGGCGGAUUAGAGCAUAACGUUCAUCGUUCACAAGAUCGUGGCAAUUACGUUUCUUUGCUCGAAGAAAUUCGAAAACAAUUGAAUGAUGCUGGUCAAAAAGUUGGAAAAACGUAUUUAUUAACUGUUGCAACUGGUGCUGGAGCUGACAAAAUUGCCGAUAUGGAUUUAAAAAACAUGGCAAGACAUCUCGACUGGAUUAAUAUCAUGUCGUAUGAUUUUCACGGAGGAUGGGACGCAAAAACCGGUCACAAUGCACCCUUGUAUGCGAACAAGGACGAUCAGUCAGCAGACACUGCACCUAGUUUUAUCAAGUCAAAAUACAAUUGUGAUAAAGCUGUUCAAGGGUAUAUUGCUGCAGGUGUGCCUCCUGAGAAAUUAGUCAUGGGAUUAGCGCUGUAUGGCCGCGGUCGUCAAGGAGUGAAAAACGAGAAUAAUGGAUUGUUUCAAGAUGCAUCGGCUCAAUUACCACAGGGAACAUGGGAAAAUGGCGUGUAUGAUUACGAUGAUUUGAAAAAGAAAUAUAUGCCAACGUAUACAAAAUAUUUCGAUGAUCAAUCGAAAGUGCCUUACCUAUACAAUCCAUCCACGGGCAUUUGGAUCUCGUACGAUGAUCCACAAUCGUUCGGAUUCAAAAACACGUAUAUUCUGGACCACAAACUUCGUGGUGCUAUGUUCUGGGAAUUCAGUUCUGAUCGAGGCAGUGAACUUAUUGAUUUAACCCAUCAACAACUGAAUAAAGGUGUCGUUCCAACUACCGCGAAACCGUCGGGAGCAUCAUCUACUCCAAAGACAUCGAAAUCCACGAAACCGUGGGGUAUAUCAUCUACUCCAAAGACAUCGAAAUCCACGAAACCGUGGGGUACAUCAUCUACUCCAAAGGCAUCGAAAUCCACGAAACCGACGGUGUCUACAGAUCCGUCAACACCGACGGCGAAAAUUAAAUCUUCGACCACUGCAUCUUCUGGUGGACAAGCUGCACCCUGGAAAGUCGGCGUAUCUUACGCAGUUGGUAACCAAGUCUCAUAUGAAGGGAAAGUGUACAAAUGUAUUCAACCAAACACGGCACUGGACAGCUGGAUGCCAACAGCAGUUCCAGCAUUGUGGCAAGUAGUUAACUGA